UAUACAAAUAGACGGAAAACUAUAUUUACAAAAACAACAAAACACGAGCUGUAAAAACUUACCGUUCAAACUUGCAGCGCAGUGGAGGAAGAAGAAGAAGAAUAGCAAUAAGAAGAAGAAGCAGGAGCCGAGCCGAGCUGUCACAGGCAGAAGAAGAAGCAGCAGCACAGCUGAAGUGCGAGUGAGAGGACAACAUUAGCAGCGCACGGUGCACGGGCACUGGUGCAAGGGAGAGAGGGAGAGAGGGAGAGGCCAGUCACGCAGCAGCAGCAACAGCGCCACAGCCUACAGCCUACGGACUGAGCAGGAGUUUGAGAAUUGGACACAGUCGUCGAGGUACUCUUUCCUGAGGCGGAGGAAAUGUAUUCGGCUGUGAAGCCACUGUCCAAGUAUUUACAAUUCAAAUCGAUACGCAUCUACGAUGCCGUCUUCACCAUUCACUCCAAGUGCACGGUGGUAAUCCUGCUGACGUGCUCCCUGCUGCUGUCGGCCCGUCAGUAUUUCGGGGAUCCGAUCCAGUGCAUCAGCGAGGAGAAGAACAUUAACUAUGUGCAGUCCUAUUGCUGGACGAUGGGCACCUACAUCAUCAAGGUGGACAACUCCACCGAUCCCCGCCAGCUGCUGCCGACGCCGCCAACCAGCCGUGCCGGACGCGGCCGGGUCAGCCUGCGUCGCCUGGCCGACUACAAUGAGGAGUACGCGCGGGCGAUAUCGAUAGCCGAGGGCGUCGGGCCCGAGGUGCGCGGCCAGACGCAGCGCGUCUAUUUGCGCUACUAUCAGUGGGUGAUCAUCCUGCUGCUGUUCCAAUCGUUCAUCUUCUACUUCCCCUCGUGCCUGUGGAAGGUGUGGGAGGGCCAGCGACUGAAGCAGCUCUGCUCGGAGGUGGGCGAGGCGCUGCUCUCGGAGCAGACGUACAACACGCGCCUCCGACUGCUGGUUAAGUACUUUACCACCGACUAUGAGGACAUGCACUACUGCUACAUGGCCAAGUAUGUCUUCUGCGAGAUCCUCAACUUUGUGAUCAGCAUACUCAACAUCCUGGCGCUGGAGGUGUUCCUCAAUGGAUUCUGGAGCAAAUAUCUGCAUGCGCUGGCCACGAUACCGCUGUACGACUGGGAUCGCUGGAAUCACAUCUCGUCGCGAGUCUUCCCCAAGAUCGCCAAGUGCGAGGUGCUGAAAUACGGGGCCAGCGGUACGGCCAGCAUCAUGGACAAUCUAUGCAUACUGCCGCUGAACAUACUGAACGAGAAGAUCUUCGUGUGCCUCUGGUGCUGGUUCCUGCUGAUGGCCUUCAUGUCCGGCCUGAAUCUGCUCUGUCGCCUGGCCAUGAUGCUCAGCCGGACGCUGCGCGAGCUGAUGAUACGCAGCCAAUUGCGCUAUAUGACCAAACAGCAUGUGCAGCACGUCUUCAGGGAUCUGACCAUCGGCGAUUGGUUCCUUCUGAUGAAGGUCAGCGUCAAUGUCAAUCCGAUGCUCUUUCGCGACCUCAUGGACGAGCUGUGCGAGCUGCGCAGCAUCCGCAGCUCCACCUCAUCCCUCACGCUGCUCGAGAGUCCCGCCUAGUCGCUGUUGCCUGCUUCACUUAACAAGCAAACAAACAUACAUACAAACAAACAUACAUACAUGCAAACAUACAUACAUACAUACAUACAUACAUUGAAUUCUUUCAGAUUCCAGCAAUCCUCAAUCGUUAACCAUCCAACUCGCUGUGCAUAGUUUGUUUAUGUAUGAGACGUAUAUAUGUAUGUAUACAUAUAUACUUGUAUGUGUAUGUAUAUAUACAUAUAUAUAUACAUUUGGUUGUCUACAUAUGUAUGUGUCUAUAUAGUUUUUACAUUAUAGAUCAAAUGAGU